UUUUUUUUUAUAUUUGUUUUCAAUCGAGAGAAAUUGAAACGAACGCUCUGUUUUCUUUCGGAUUUUUGCUAAAGUGCGCGCUCUCAUACUGCUUAUCCUGCGCCGGCCGUGGAAUGUUGCCGGCGGCGGCCAUAGAUUCUUCUCUCGUAAGAAUUUCGAGGUAUGGGAGUAGUUUUUGAAGAAGAAAGGUGAGUAGAAGAUACGGAUUCGGCUUGAAUCGGACUCGUAAUGGAUGGCCAGAAAAGUCAGUUGAAGCUGAAGCUUACGCGAACUCAGUCGUCGCUGCUCCGUUCUUCGCCCACUUUCCGAUCGUCUGUUCAUAGCUUAACGUCCGUCACCGAGGGGGACCUUGUCGCCGGCCACAAAGAGGAUGACGAUGAGGAGAAGCAGAAGCCUAAGAAGCCCCGGAGGUCCGGUUCGUCACCGAGAACCGGAUUGAACCGAUUUGCGAAUCGCGUUCUUGCUGCGGCUUUGCUUGCGUGCUUUACCUUCUUCUCGCUGCUGUUCGCGUCUUUCUUUCUUAGAAAGGAUGGGCUACUCCCCUCGGAAAACCUAUUAUUAGCUCUGAUUUUCGUUGCUAUUACGCUUCUAUUUGCGAGCAAGAAUAAGGGCUUAAUUUUACACAUUCUUUCGUCUAUCAAGCAUGCCUGGCACGAGAAUGCGAAGAGAUUCUGUUUCUCCAGGACCGAUUCCACUCCGAUCCAGUGGUACAUUGGGGAUUCGGACGGAACUGCAGACGCCGAAAAGGAGAGGAAAAUCAUCAGAGAGGGCGUAGAGUUCUAUAGCAAUGGCGAUUUCUACGAGGGAGAGUUCCACAAUGGGAGUUGCAACGGUAGUGGGGUUUACAACUACUUUCUAAGUGGUAGGUACGAAGGAGAUUGGGUGGAUGGGAGGUAUGAUGGCUAUGGGGUUGAGAGCUGGGCGAAGGGGAGUCGAUACAGGGGCCAGUAUCGACAGGGUCUGAGACAUGGCUUUGGAGUGUACAAGUUGUUCACGGGGGACACCUAUGCCGGCGAGUGGUGUAAUGGGCAAAGCCAUGGCGUUGGGGUACAGACUUGCGCUGAUGGUAGCUGCUAUGUUGGCGAAUUCAAGCGUGGCGUCAAGCAUGGUCUUGGAUGUUACUAUUUCAGAAAUGGAGAUAAAUAUGCUGGAGAGUACUUUGGGGACAAAAUACAUGGUUUCGGAGCAUAUCAUUUCGCGAAUGGCCAUUGUUACGAAGGAUCCUGGCACGAAGGUCAAAGGCAAGGGUAUGGCAUGUAUACUUUCAGAAACAGCGAAGCCAAAUGCGGCGAAUGGGAUGCUGGCAACCUCAAACAUCCUCUCCUGCCGCUAACCGAUGCCAUUGUCCAAGCCGUUCAGGCAUCUAGAAAGACAGCAAAUAACGCCAUCAACCUUCCCCGGGUGGAUGAACAAGUGAACAAGGCCAUCUUGGCUGCUAACAGAGCGGCUACAGCGGGCAGAGUCGCCGCCAUCAAAGCCGUGCAAAAUCGAAUGGAUGGUAAAUUUUGCGACAUAGAUGUUAUGUAAUCAUCUUUGCUUGUUUCUAAUUUUAUAAGGCAGGCAAAAAACAAAAAGCCCUGGUCUGCAAAAGCUCACCGGAGGUGUUUUUGAAGUUUCCAUCAUCAAGCUGCAACUUGUACAUACCAUGUAAUUGUAUAUUAAUGAAAUGGAACACUUCUCUCUAGA